AUGUCCUGCACCUGCCGAACACUCGGAUUCACGGCACGACACGCCACUGUCCAGGCCGCACGAUCCCGCGUCGCCGUCCCCGUCCGCUCCUUCACAUCUUCAUCGCUUCGGGCGGCAGCAGCGCAGGUGGCCACACAGGAGAAGGCCAGCCCAGCCGCCAAAUCGUCGGGCUCGUCCUGCCCAGCAGGAACUGUCCUCAAGGGCCUCAACUACCUCAAGGACGCAAGCGAUCCCGUCGCAAUGGAGGAUUCGGAGUACCCGUCAUGGGUGUGGCAGCUCGGACAGCCAGAUGCGCCGGUCAAGAGCAAGAAGGUGGAUGUCGAGACUCGCCUGCGAGCAGAGAAGAAGGAGCUCAAGCGGCAACGGAAGGCAGCGAUCAAGGCGCGGAAUGCUCUCAACGGGUAG